AUGGUGGCUGGAAACGGAGAGAAGGACGUGGGCGUACAGGCUGAGCCGCUGAAGCUCCUCACGUCGGCACGUGACCAAUCCCUCCACGUCGCCUCUGGCGGGCCCUACGUUGCGCGCCUCAAUCCUCCGUCUUUCCUCCACUCCCACGACGCCCAACUUGACUACUACGGGAAACGCCUUGCGACCUGCUCCUCCGACAGGACGGUGAAGAUCUUUGAGGUUGUCGAUGGCGAGACGCAGCGGUCGAAUGGGCACACAUUGAAGGGGCACACCGGCCCUGUUUGGCAAGUGGCUUGGGCACAUCCCAAGUUCGGCCAGAUCCUUGCGUCUUGUUCUUACGACGGCAAGGUCAUCAUUUGGAAAGAGCAACAGGGCCAGGGUGCAGGCGCGGCAGGGUGGUCCAAGAUCAAGGAGCACACUCUUCACAAGGCCUCUGUCAACUCCGUGUCAUGGGCGCCGCACGAGCUCGGUGCCAUCCUCGCAUGUGCCUCCUCAGACGGCACCAUCUCCGUCCUCACCUUCAAAAACGACGGGACCUGGGGCGCCGACGUCUUCGAGGGCCACGCCAUCGGCUGCAACGCCGUCUCCUGGGCGCCCGCCAUCCAACCCGGCUCACUCCUCGUCCCCCAGCCCGCGACGCUCCCCGGGCAGGCCCCGGCCGCGCUCCCGAGCGCGAAACGCUUCGCUUCCGCCGGGUGCGAUAACCUUGUCAAGAUCUGGGGCUUCCGCGACGACAGCCAGUCGUGGGAGGCGGAGGAGGUCCUCGACGGUCACGCCGACUGGGUCCGCGACGUCGCCUGGGCCCCAAACAUCGGCCUCCCCCGGAGCUACAUCGCGACCGCGUCCCAGGACAAGACGGUGCUGAUCUGGACCAAGGACGGGCCCGCCGCGCCGUGGACGAAGACGGUGCUCGACCCCGCAGCCGCGUCGGUGUCGCCCGCGGCGGCGGCGGCGCCCGCGCCCGCAGGCAAGUUCCCGGACGUCGUCUGGCGCGUGUCGUGGUCCCUCGCGGGCAACAUCCUCGCGGUCUCGUGUGGGGACGGGAAGGUGACGUUGUGGAAGGAGAACCUGAAGGGGGUCUGGGAGUGCGUGAGCGACAUGACGAGCUAG